CUAUUGUUGAAAUAUUGUUUGGUUUGUGAAAAAUUGCCAGAUGUUUGAUGAUAUAUUUUAAAUUUCAAGAUGCUGAAUAUUCUAUUUAUUUCGAAAUGCUGGCAAGUUGGCCACCAGAGGGAGUAGUUUGGGGAAGGGGUGGGUGAAAGGGGGUAUUUGUUCAGGAGUGAGUCCCACCAGAGGAUAUAUUUUGUCGUGUCAGAGGAUAUAUUUUUGUAUUGCAACUGUUCUGCUUUUGUAAUUUUUUUUCCAACCAUGAAUUUUCUGAUUGAAUUAAAUGCGAAGAUGGCUCCUAAGCAUCAACAGGACGUUACUUAUGAUGGAACCACUUUAGGCAUCAAACUAGAGAUUUCCAGUUCUCAACAGUCGAGUUCAACAUCUACAUUGAAUGAUUCAUCUCCUGAAAUCGAUUGUAAAUCCGAAGUGUUUAAGGAUUCAUCUCGGAACGUUUCGAAGAUUCAGGAAGCUUACGAAAUUAAUCGCAUGGAAGGGGAUCUUUAUAACAGUACAGAAAAUUACAUUCUAACUGAAAUUCAAAAGAAAAUGAGGAAAUCAGACAAGUAUUAUGAAGUUUUGAAAGACCCGCUUUAUUCAGAGCUGUGCAGAAUACGAAAUGAUCGAGAGAAACUAGUAAUGGAACAAGAAGCUCUUUUAAAGAAGUUAACGGAUACUGAGAUGCCCACCAAGUCGGAAGAAGUUGAGGAAGAGGGAGAUUUUAGGAAAGAGAUGAAGAAUGCAGAAAAGUCUGAAAAAUCGAAAUUUGUUAAAACACCGGAAGUUUUAGUUCUGAAUGGUGAAUCAUAUGCUGAACAGGCACUAAAAUCGGUUGAUUUUCCAUCGGACGAAGUGAUUUUAGAUUUUAUGGAUGUUGGCAUGGAAAUCGAGGUAACCAGCAAUGAGAAGAAAUUUGCUGAAAAACCGGAAGUAUUUGAGCUGACCAGCCGACCAAAUGCUGAACAGUCGACCAAAUCGAAAUUUGCUGAAAAACCGGAAGUAUUUGAGCUGACCAGCCAACCAAAUGCUGAAGAGUCGACCAAAUUGAAAUUUGCUGAAAAACCGGAAGUAUUUGAGCUGACCAGCCAACCAAAUGCUGAAGAGUCGACUAAAUCGAAAUUUGCUGAAAAACCGGAAGUAUUUGAGCUGACCAGCCAACCAAAUGCUGAAGAGUCGACUAAAUCGAAAUUUGCUGAAAAACCGGAAGUAUUUGAGCUGACCAGCCAACCAAAUGCUGAAGAGUCGACUAAAUCGAAAUUUGCUGAAAAACCGGAAGUAGUUGAGCUGACCAGCCAACCAAAUGCUGAACAGUCGACCAAAUCGGUUAGUAAACGUCAACGUAAAAGAAAGCGGGCAGAUGAAAAAGAAAACGAUUUUGAAUCAUAUUUUGUCUCUAUUUCCGAGCGGACUAAAUUUCACAAGAGAAGUUGCCGAAAAUGAAUUUUGAUUGCAAGAUCAGCAACAAAAUACUUACAUCAUAGACAAAAAAAUGGGAAAAGAAGGAUUAAGAUAGAAAAAGAAAUUUCGAUUUUUGGAUUCAGUGAAAAAAAAAAAUUUUUUUUUUAAUUAUGUGACAAGAGCUUUUGUGAAAAUAUUGCUUAAUUAUACACUAAGCAUUUUACUUGUAAAUGAUUAUAUGUUAUUAUUAUUAUUAAAAUGAUUUCACUAUUUCAUUUUUAAUAUUUUCAUGCUCAUCCUAUUCAAUGUUCAUUUAAUCACAGUUACAAUGGGAAGAA